UUGUACAACGCGACGGCGACGACGACGACAACGUGGACGCCAUGGAAUCGCUGCUCUGUAAUGCCAGUGAGCCUCCAUUAAAGCCCGAGGCACGGGUAUCGUCGUCCGGGGGAGAGUUACAGUUUCUGGGAUGGAAUGUGCCACCGGAUCAGAUUCAAUAUAUACCAGAGCAUUGGCUAACCCAAUUGGAGCCACCGGCAUCGAUGCACUAUAUGCUAGGAGUAUUCUAUAUCUUCCUGUUUUGCGCAUCGACAGUUGGCAAUGGCAUGGUCAUUUGGAUAUUCAGUACAUCGAAAUCGCUGCGCACACCAUCGAAUAUGUUUGUCCUUAAUUUGGCUGUCUUUGAUCUGAUCAUGUGCCUCAAGGCUCCGAUAUUCAUCUACAAUAGCUUUCAUCGGGGCUUCGCUUUGGGUAAUACAUGGUGUCAGCUAUUUGCUGCCAUUGGUUCCUAUUCGGGCAUAGGUGCUGGUAUGACCAAUGCGGCCAUUGGAUACGAUCGGUUCAAUGUUAUCACAAAGCCCAUGAAUCGGAAUAUGACCUUCACCAAGGCCGUCAUUAUGAACAUUAUAAUCUGGCUUUACUGCACUCCAUGGGUUGUGUUGCCCCUGACGCAAUUCUGGGAUCGAUUUGUACCAGAGGGCUAUCUAACCUCCUGUUCAUUUGACUAUCUAUCGGAUAAUUUUGAUACACGCCUCUUUGUGGCUACUAUCUUCUUCUUCAGCUUUGUCUGUCCCACUUUGAUGAUUUUGUAUUAUUACAGUCAGAUAGUGGGUCAUGUCUUUAGCCAUGAGAAGGCCCUUCGUGAUCAGGCAAAGAAAAUGAAUGUAGAAUCGCUUCGCUCCAAUGUCGAUAAGAGUAAGGAGACGGCCGAAAUACGCAUAGCCAAGGCAGCUAUCACAAUUUGUUUCCUUUUCUUUGUAUCCUGGACUCCAUAUGGUGUUAUGUCCCUAAUCGGAGCCUUUGGCGACAAAAGUCUUUUGACUCCAGGAGCAACUAUGAUACCAGCCUGCACUUGCAAAUUGGUGGCCUGCAUAGAUCCAUUCGUAUAUGCCAUAAGUCAUCCAAGGUACCGCAUGGAAUUGCAAAAACGGUGCCCUUGGCUAGCGAUCAAUGAAAAGAGUGGAGAAGCCUCUUCCGCCCAAUCCACAACGACCCAGGAGCAGCAGCAAACAACUGCGGCCUAAGAUGACCAACGACAAAUCAAUGAACUGACUAAAAGGAAUUGUAACAAAAUGACUAGGAAGCUGUAUAAACCAAAUGAACUAUCAAUCAAAUAUGCAUUACCUUUUUAAUUUGUAGAGCAAUGGCAUUCUGAUUUUUUAAAUAUAGCUAAACAUUAUGGCAAAUGAAA